AUGGAAGAUAAAGAAAUACCGCCGAGGCUUAUGAUUCAUAAAGUUGUGCUCGAGAACUUUAAAUCUUAUGCAGGAAUCAAAGAAAUCGGGCCCUUUCACAAGUCCUUCACCUCCGUGGUUGGGCCGAAUGGUUCUGGGAAAUCCAAUUUGCUUGAAUGUCUCUUAUUUGCAUUCGGGAAAAGAGCUGCAAAAAUGAGACUUAAGAAGCUUUCAGAGCUUAUACACCACUCUCACAGUUUCCCUGACUUAAAAUCUGCAAGGGUUUCUGUAUACUUCCAAGAUAUUCUUGACACUCCUGAUGGAUACGAUAUCAUCCCAAAUUCUGGGCUAGUUCUGACACGCAUAGUGUCAAAAGAUGGUUCUUCUCAAUAUAAAUUGGAUGGUAACCCAAGCACCCACGAAGAAGUUACCCAAGUUCUAAAGCUAAGAGGAAUUGAUUUAGAACAUAAUAGGUUUUUAAUUUUACAAGGAGAAGUUGAACAAAUUGCUAUGAUGAAGCCUAAAGCCCCAAUUGGGGAAGAAGGCAAAAUAGGGCUUCUUGAGUAUCUAGAAGAAAUCAUAGGAACUAAUGUGUAUGUGCCUUUGAUAGACCAAGCUGAGACAGAGCUUGAAGGAAUUGCAGAUGAAGUAACUGCACAAAAACUUAGAGUAGAAGAAGCCCAAAAAGCACUAGACCACUUGGAAGGCCCGAAAAAUGAAGCUUUAGCUUACAUUGAGCUAGAAAAAGAGCUUUAUGAUAUAAGGAACUUAAGGAAUUUCUUAGGAAGGCACCAAUUUAAGACUGAAGAAUCUAAUUUCAGACAAGAGCUCAUAGUUGUCGAAGGCCAGCUUCUGGAAACAGAAAACAGGUUCAAAGAAAAGAAAAAUCUGCACAUGGCAGCAAUACAAGAGUACGAAGAAAAAAUCGAGCAAGUAGCCACCUACAGUAGAGAAGAAAAAAGGAUGAAAAGUCAGCUUGAAGAAGCAGUGAAAAGAGAUCAAGAACUCAUUGAAAACCAAAUGUUUUUGAAAAAUAAAAAAGCUGGGUUAGAAAAAGAAAAAUUGGCUGAAGAAAAAAGGAAAAAUGAAAUCAGAGAAUCUCUAGGUGAGCUUUCACAGAUUCUCCCAGAUGCAAUAAGGAGUCUUGAAGAAACUAAACACGAAAAAGAAAGGGUUGAUGAAGAAUACCACGCAAGAAAUAGAGAAAUCAUUGCAGCGACUGAAGAGCUUCAGCUUCAGAAAUCAUCACUUGAGAGGCAGCUUUUGCCAUUUAAAAAGCAAUAUGAUGACUGUAAAAGCAAAGUUGAAAAUACUCAUCAGAGAAUAGAAUUUCUUGUUAAAGAAAGGGCUCAAGAGGAUGUAGAAUUUGCAAAUAUUGCUAACGACAUUGAAAGUUGCCAAAAGAAUUUGGAAGCCAAAACAAGAGAAUCAGAAGAAAUUGAACUAAAGUGCCAGAGACUUCAUAAAGAUGAUGAAGCGAGAAAGAAAAAGUUUGAAGAACUUAGUGGAGAAUCGGAUGCUUAUAAAAAACAGCUGGCUUCACUUACUCCCCCUUGGCUAACGCCAAAAAUAUUUGUCCUCGCUAGCAAGGGGUUAUAUAUAAUAAAUUUUUUUUCUAGAUUUUAAAAGUCUAAUUUGUAUAUAUCUGAAAAUCUAAUUUUACAUUUAACUGACAAUAUUUAUGUUUUAAAAGAUGCAAGUGUUUAAAAAUUAAUAUAAUUAUUCUUUAUAUAGCAAUUUAUUAUUUAAAAACGUUUUGUGCGCUAAUAAAUGGGGGAGCUAGGAAACAAUUAGAAGAAGCUACCCCUCCGCCUCCGAACGAACAAACCAUUGGAAAAAUCUUUUUUUUUUGGAUAAAAACUUACCCCUCCGUGAGUGAACAAAAAUUUUGAUAUAUAAGUGAUAAUUGUUAUAAUGAAAUCACUUUAAUUCUAUUUAAUUUAGCCAGCUUGCAUUUUAAAACAUAAAUUUAAUAAAUUAAAUUAUAUUUGAUUUCUCAAUUUUAAAAAAAAAAUCCUCUAAUAUAUAUAUUUUAACCAAAAAAUUUUUCAGUUCUCUCACAAAGUGGGGGGAGUGAGCAAGCUGAAAAAAAAGCUGAAGGCAAAAAUCGUCUUCUGCAAGAAAUUUCUACUGCUAAAAGAAUAGGUCAAAUCCAAGGUGUAUUAGGUCGUUUAGGAGAUUUAGGAAGAAUUGAUGCCCGAUUUGAUAUAGCGAUUUCUUCUGCAUGUCCAAGACUUGAUAACCUUGUAGUUGAGUCAGUCCACGAUGCUGAUAUGUUAUUGGACUUCGUGCGUCAGCGAAAUUUAGGAAAAAUCACAAUAAUAGUGCUCGACAAAGUCCAGUCAAUUUGGGAACAAAAAGCAAAAGCUCAUUUUCGAUCCCCAGACGAUCGAGCUACUCGUCUUUUUGACCAAAUCCAAUAUGAUGACCCCCGAUUAAUUUCAGCUUUCUAUUUCGCUAUGACUGACACUCUUGUAGCUGACACUAUGGACGAUGCCCGCAGAAUUGCGUUUGGCGGAAGUACAAGACACCGUGUGGUAACCCUUUCAGGAGAAAUAAUUAACCCUUCAGGAGAAAUGCAAGGGUUUGCAAAGCCAAGGAGAGGGAUUAUGAGCCUUGUUGGGGAGAAAAAGACAAGUUUUUCUCCAGAAGAUAUGGAUUUAUUGCAUCAAAAAAUUAAAGAGGCGAAUGAUAGGCUGAAUUCCACACAUACCUUUAUGAAGAACGUUCAAGGAGAAAUUGCAGCUGAGCAGAAGCAAAAAGACCAAGCUUUUCAUCAGUUAAAAAUUAUUCAAAGCGAUUUACAAGGCAUGACUCAAAGGCUGACUCAGCUUAUAGCAAGGCAAAAAGAAUUGCAAGAAAUAGACCAUGAAGGGCAAGAAGAAGAGCUAGAGGAUCUUAAAAAGUUAGAAGAAGCUAACGAAAAAGCUAUGAAGAAAAUAGAAAUUCUUAUAGAAACUAAGAAAAAAGAGGUUGAACAAAUUGAAAAGCAAAUUGAUGAUAUUGGGGGAGAUGAAUUCAAAGCAAUAAAAAUUAAAAGACAACAUUUAGCUGAAGCUGAAGAUCAUCUGGAAGUCGAAGUAAAUAAAUAUACAAAAAAGCUUGGACAAUGCAAAAAAGAUCACGACAAAAUUGCAAAAAAACUUCAAGAGCUCAUAGAAAGCUUACUUCCCCCUUCUAGCGAUCAAAACAUUAUAAAAAUACCUAUAAUAAUUACUCCGAUGUAUAAUUAAUAAUUGUAAUAAUGAGAUUUCCAGUUAACUAUAUUAAAUUAAAACUGCUUGCAUCUUUUAAAACAUUUUUAUAGCUAGACUGAUUUUUCAUUUCAAUGUUUUUUUAUAUUUAAUAUAAAAUUUUAUAUGCAUAAAAUGGCGGUGGCGAGUGACCAUCCACCCAGAUGCAGGUAUUAUCAUGUAUAUCUUGACAGGUGUUUGGAAUUAAGAGCUUUUCAAAGGUUGGGCUAGCUUCGAAGUGGCUAGUUCCAAUGAUUAGUGGCCUGGCUCGAGCAGCAGCAGUUUUUGCAUCUUAUUUGCCUGCAGCACCCAAGCCCACGUUGGGUAUCUAAUAGAGGCAAGACGACUUAUCUGUCGAGAAUGCUUUGUGGCCUGUACAGAAUCUCGUAAGCGGUUAAGCUUUUUCUUUGGUGAUGAACUAGGAAAAAAAGGGAAGACAGGCUCGACAAGACUCAUAAGGGCUACAGUCUCUCAAUUUAAAAGGUUCGUAAAAGGAUCGAAGCUAAAUUGAGUUGGGUAAGCUGGCUGCUUAGGUUGGAAAUGGAGGUUCCGACAAAGUCCGUAUGGUUUGGAACAUGAAGGAAAGUGUCUACGCCAAGAAAUCAGGGUCACGAAGUGGAACGCAUGGCGUUCAGGAAGUUGGGACUAUAAAGAUUCAUCUUAGCUUAAUCUUUAUAUAAAAUUUAAAAAAAUUAGCCAUUUUGUAAGUGAGCAGAAAAAUUUUGCUUGCAAACUAAGGGGUUUAGAAAAAAUCGAUCAAAAUUUGCGCGACAUAGAAUCUGAAAGAGAAGAAUUGAGGCCUUUGGCAGAAAGUUUAAUCCAAAAGCAUGAGCAUGCGCUUGCUAUUAGAAGAGAAAACGAAGCCCAGCUUAAAGAGCUGGAAAAAGCUCAGGAAGCUUUAAAAAAAGAGUUCGAAGAAAUUCUAAUUCCCCUCAGUGAGCGACAAAACCAUUGGAGGAAUCCUAUUUUUUGGGUAAAAGCUCAAACAAUAUUAUUAAUAGAAAAUUUUUUUAUAAAAACAUAUUCGAUAUAUAGUUAUAGUUAUUGUAAUGAAAUAUCUAGCUAAUUAUUUUUAAUUUUAAACAAAUUGCAUUUAAACAUAAAUUUAACAAAUUAAAUAAAUACUUGCUUUAAAAUUUAUUUCAAAUUCGAUUUUUUAAAUUUUGGAGUAAAUUUACUAAAAAUUUAUUUAAAAAAUAAUUAAUGACAAAAUUUUGUUCACUCACUGGAGGAGUAAAAGUUCGUGACGAAAUCAAAGCUAAAAGAAAAGAAAUUUCCUCUACAAUCAAAAGAAUUGAGGCCGAAAUUGACAAAUGAGACCAAAGAAUUAAUAAAAACAGAGAAGACUAUGAAGGAUUAAUAAAAGAGUACCAAGACAUCAUGGGAGAUGACAUGAUAAUAGAAAGCGUUGAAAAAUCUGAAGAGAAUGAAGAAAAACUUGAAAAUCCAAGAAAAAGAAUGAAAAUUGAUGACGAGAGAAAAACAUUGAGAUUUCACGUAAAUAAAAAUUUUCUCCCAGAAGAGCUUGAAAGCCUUCUCCCAAAAUUCGAGAAGGUCAAAGACCUUGAGGCCGCCAUCCAAGAAGAGCUCCGAGCUGCAAAGCCAAAUAUCACAGUUAUCCAAGAGUACCGAGCCAGACUUCAUGAUAAGCGAGCAAAGGAAAACGAUCUAAACGCAAUUCGUGACAGAGAAGAUAUGCUGAAAAAGAAAUACAACGAGCUUAAAAGCAAGAGAUAUAACGAAUUCAAUACAGGAUUUACCAUAAUUUCCCAAAAACUGAGAGAUAUGUAUCGAAUGAUUACCCGAGGUGGCGACGCUGAACUUGAAUUUGCUGACUCAACUGAUCCUUUUGCUGAAGGGAUUGUAUUUACCGUAAGGCCUCCCAAUAAAUCUUGGAAAAAAAUGGCCAAUUUGAGCGGGGGUGAGAAAACGUUAUCAUCCUUAUCACUUGUGUUUGCAUUGCAUCAUUAUAAGCCAAAUGCUUUGUAUGUGAUGGAUGAGGUCGAUGCAGCACUAGAUUUUCAAAACGUAAGCGUGAUAGCGAAUUAUAUUAAAGGGAGGACAAAGAAUGCGCAAUUUAUUAUCGUCUCGCUGAGAUAUCAAAUGUUUGAGCUAGCAGACAGACUUGUGGGAGUCUAUAAAACUAAUGAUGUUUCGCAUACAAUUGCAAUUAGUCCCUGCGCUCUCGUUACAAUGGACAGUGAGAACCCUAUUAUAAGGCAAACAGUCAAUAAUAUAACGUUGUAA